GUAAAACCAGACUGCACUGCCAGUUUGACCGGGGGGACCGUGUUCUAGACGAGUCAGGGAUUAAAGAAACAUUGCAUUAAUACAGACUGCACUGGAUAAUCGUCUGAGCAUUGACGGGAGUGGCACAAGUGGAAUUUGACGGAAGAACAAAAGUCUACUUGUGCACUAGUUUGGUAGAUUCAGAUUGCUUCUCUUCCUUCUACUUAUUCUUCUUCUCCAUCUCGGUCUCUGUGUCGGUCGGCUAAAUGGCGUACGCUGCUUACUGGAAUGUGAUGUCUCAGCCUAAACAGUCCGCUUCCACCCCGUCAGUCCCGGCCUCUACUGUGAAACCUGCACAAUAUGAGAAAGGGACUGCAUCAUCAUCAUCAUCCACUGCAGGUGCGGCUGCAAAGCUUGAAACCUCUACCACUGCCACUACACGUUCUACAUCCACUGCAGCUACAAGCUCAAUGACCAAUGUAGGGGCUUCAACAGGAGCUAAAGUCAGUGGAGGAGUUACCACCACCACCGGAUCUUCUAAAGUCACACCGAAGGCCCCACCCGUGUCUCCUGCCAAAGCUCCACCUGUGAGUACUGGAACAAUGGGUGCAGUAGGUGGAGCAGGAAAACCUUCUACAGAACUGGUUAAGCCCACAGACACCUCUAAAGUCCAGAGCACUGCAGUUUCAUCAUCCAAACCAGAACUUUCUAAGGUUACCUCAUCAGUAACCAAGCCCACUGCCACCACUGUUGUUUCUGGAACCACUGGCCAAAAGGAUGAUGUUAAGUCAAAAGAAGCAAAGGUGAAGUCAGAGGUUUCUGCAAAAGCUAGCACUCCGGCGCCUGCUGUAGAUCCACUUGAUGCUUUGGCUGGCAGCUUGCCAUCCUCAAAGCCUUCCAAAAGUCCUCAGUUUACUGGGCCUGAAGUCACAGAGCCUCACCUAACCUCAGAUGUGGCUUCACGUUGUGGAGAAAGAGAUGACACACUACCACCUGGAUACAGAUUGAAAGACAUGGAAAAGAAGAUGCCUGCGGGACAACCUGAGAAGCCCAAAGAAGUUUCCAAACCUGUGACACUGGAUGAGGCUGUGGACUCUCUCUCCGCUGGAUUUGUAUCAUCUCCACCACCAGGAGCAUCCAAACCAGAAGUGAAACAUGAAAAUGUGGUUGCUGCCGACACCCGUAAAAACUACGCCCCGCCUCCACCUGCUCAAAAAAAACAAGACGUUUCCGUGCCUACGAGUCUGUCUCCUGCUCCUCCUGCUGACAAGAAACCAAAGAUAGAGAAACCCGCUAAAGACUCGGCGACUGCAGCCGCUCAGGAUGUCAAAGCAAAGGCUGAGGAAAAAAAGGUUUCUGCAGAUAAGCUGCAGCAAGGCCCAAAGACUGUUCCCAUGUCUUCAGACCCUUUUGACGCUCUAAGCAACACGUUACCUGAAGCGAAACCAGUUCCUGAGCCCAAAAAACUCAGACCUGAGGAAAUUGUCGAUGAGAAGAAGCUGAAGUCAGAGAAAGGUGUGCGUGUGGGUGAGAGAGAGGACUCGCUGCCACCCGAGUACAGGCACAAGCCAGACAAAGACAUGAAGCAGCCUCCUCCUCCUCCACCAAAACAGCCCUCCAUGGACGCGACUGAGGCUUUGGAUAUCCUGUCUGGAGAUUUCACUGAUGCCACGGUAGCUCCUGCUGUCCAGAGCCCUGUUCCUCCUAAAGCCCAAGCCAAACAGCCCAAAGUGGAGGAUCUUUCAGCUCUUGAUGCCCUGGCAGGUGAUUUUGUAGCUCCAGCCAAAGGCCAAAAGGUUUGUUCUGGUGCACCUCCUGCCCCAACAUCAACUACUAAAAGCACACCACCCACCUCUGAACAGGUUGACCCCAUGGCUCUGGAUGCUCUUGACACUCUGGGAGACCUGUUACCUAAAGCAAAACCCGUUCCCGAGUCCCCAAAACUCAGACCUGAUCAAAUAGUUGAAGAGGCUAAGCUUAAAUCAGAGAAAGGUGUGCGUGUGGGUGAGAGAGACGACACACUGCCUCCAGAUUACAGAUUCCCUAAGACAGACCCCAAAACACAACCUCCACCCCCAAAGAAAGAGCCAUCCAUGGACCCUACUGAAGCUCUGGAUAUCCUUUCUGGAGAUUUCACAUGCUCACAAGCGGCUCCUGUGGUCCAGGCCUGUGUUCGUCCUUCGGCUCCUCCAGCAAGCGCCUCAAUAGAUUUUGAUCUUGAGGAGCUUUCCGGUGAUUUUGUGGCUCCCAAAAGUGCAUCUAAAGUCUGUUCUGCUGCUACUACCACUGACAAACAGGCAGACCCCAUGGCUCUGGAUGCCCUCGACGCUCUGGGAGACACACUUCCCGAAGCAAAACCGACUCCUUUGUCCCCAAUACUGAGACCUGAGGAAAUUGUUAAUGAGGCUAAGCUUAAAUCAGAGAAAGGUGUGCGUGUGGGUGAGAGAGACGACACACUGCCUCCAGAUUACAGAUUCCCUAAGACAGACCCCAAAACACAACCUCCACCCCCAAAGAAAGAGCCAUCUAUGGACCCUACUGAAGCUCUGGAUAUCCUUUCUGGAGAUUUCACAUGCUCACAAGCGGCUCCUGUGGUCCAGGCCUGUGUUCGUCCUUCGGCUCCUCCAGCAAGCAGCUCAGCAGACUUUGACCUCGAGGAACUUGCGGAUGAUUUCGUUGCUCCCACCAGUGCGUCGAAAGUCUGUUCUGCUUCGUCAGCUCCCACUGCUAUGGACAGACAGCUGUCGGAUGGUAGCUCAUCAGCCAUGGACGCUCUCUCAGACACUCUGAAAGACAUUCGUCCAGCACCUGAGCCAGCACCCGUGUCUCCUAAAGAUGUCGUUAAGGAGAAGGACGUGGUGGAGGAAAGGCUGCGUAAACCUGGCGAGAGAGACGACUCACUUCCUCCUGAGUUCCGGCCCACGGAGGCAGCUAUCAAGGCUGCAGCAGAAGCCAAAGGCAAAGCAGCAGCUAAGCAGCCCUCAUUCGACGACGCCGCAGCCCUCGACGCUCUGUCCAGUGAAUUUGUUUCUGUUGUCCCCGGGACCUCACCUGCUCCUCAGUGUCAGGCUCCUUCUGUAAACACAUCCUCCAGCCAGAAGAAACCAGGUCCUGUAAUGGACCAACUGGCUUCUACGCUGCUACCAGCAGAUUUCCCUUCCACCAAGCAAAGCGACAGCAAACCGAAGGGUAAGGGUAGAAAGUCAAAAUCUGCAUCAAAGAAACCUGCACCUGCCGACGCCCCAGCCGUGGAAACGCUCCCUGCCAAGCCAAGCUCAGACGUCGUGUCCACGUCCACCACAAAGAAAGGCGGGAAGAGCUAGACGUCACACACAAGUGGCUGCCAACCCAAAGCGGUAAAGAGACGGCAAUCCAAGAAGCUGCCCGAACGAAUACAUGCUAUACAUAUUAUAUAUUGCAAUGGUAGAAAGGUGUACAGAACUUUAACUGCAAAAACACAUCCAACACAGACACUUUUUAAAACACCAGCAGUCCGUGUGUAAAAAAAAAAAAAAAAAAAAAAUUAUAAUAAUAUAAAGAAAAAAAAUCUGGGAUCAGUGCAUGGAUAAUGAUGAUGAUGAUUAUUAUUAUUAUUAUCAUUAUUAUUAUUAUUAAAAAAGCAGAAAUAACCCCCAGAAUGAAACCCCAUAUGUCCAUUAGCGCAAUGCUGAUUGGAUUUAAAGCAAAUAUAAUAAGAAAGGCAAUUAUUUUCCUUUUCGGAUAAAUGGAAGGACGCUGUUGUGCCUUAGUUGCUGUUACAGUUUAACAUCUCUUUAAGGAUUAGGUAUAGUGUAAUGCAUGGUUAUUUUUAUUUUAUUUUAUUUUUUUUUUUGGUUUGAUCUGGGGAAUUUCUUUAUAGUAAUGAGUUAUAUUGCCACUCCUUUAUAAACACUAGUGUACAGCACGUCCACUUUGGUUUACUUUGUCUAGUUUACAGUAUAGAGUUAUGAUGUACUUUUAUGAUUAUAUUAUUUACAUGAUAUUUGUGCAUAAGGGUAUCUUCCUGUGUGUCUUUAGUCAGGCUGACUGUCUUUUUUUUUUUUUAUACAUAAUGUAGGAGGUCUGAAAGCGAUUACCGGCAAGCCUUAGAAGACAGAUAAACUUCCUUUAAGCAUCAUGUGAAGCUGUUAUGUGGUUCAGCGAAUGAUUGAAACACCACCUUAACUUGUCCUGUAGAGAAGACGCACCACCACGUCUUAAUUACAGCUCAAGUAGGAUGUGGCAGACCAAGUAGAGAUCUUUGUUUCGUUUUGAACUAACAGCUCUUGCACUUCUAAUAAACAGCUCGCACUAGUGUGCGUUACGUUCACCUGUCCAUUAAGACACCCUUUUUUGUUUUCUGCACAUGACAUACAGCUUUAGUCUCGAUGAGUCGAAAAGAAACAUGCACUCUUGUUUUAGUGCCUUUAGUUUUGGUUCACUACGUCUUCCUGUUGUGGUGAUCUCACAAUACUGUGCCUUUCUGCUGAAGCUCAUUUUUAACCCAGGGACAGAGAUGUGGAGGGGAGAUUUUUUUUUUUCGGGUUAAUUAAUAAAAAAGAGAUUUAAAAUGUU